CAUUACGAGCGGGCUGAGUAACGGAGCGGGCGCGGAGCAGAGCGUAUCGCGUGUCGUCUCCUCGUUGACGAGAGCGGUGUUCUCGCGCGGAAUAUUCUUGCCGCUCGUCAGUCGCGUGCUGACCAGUCAGCCGGUCGUUCCUAUAUACCACUUCAAUCCCACUUAUUCCUACUCUCCGUCACAGAGUCAGCUGUUGUGCCUCGCGUUUGUUCUACCCAUUCUCUCAAAUUCAUCACAGAAACUUAUCGUAAAAAAUUGUACAACUAUUUCGAAUCUCGUGUACGUGAUCGAUUCUUCGAAUUUCUAGUAAAAAUCUUUCAUUAGAGAAUUUAUUAUUUAUUCUUUGGAAAUUAUUAUUAUUUUAAAAUUAUAUAACGUAGAAGUCUUAUCGUAUUGUUGGAAUAAAAUUCUAUGCACAUAUCGAUAUUGUCGAUAUAAUAUCGAAAUUAAAGAAUUAAGAUCGACGAUUAAUCUAGAUACUAUCAAUUGUACAUGUAUACAUUUAAUCAGGAUUACGCUACAAAUUUGUUUGUUAAUAAAGAAUAUCGAUAAUAUACAUACAACUAUUCAAAGUGGAAUAAAUCGAAAUUCAAGUUGAUCGAGCUUGAACGAUUAUCGAAAUAAUCGAGUGUGUGCGAGAUCGAUAGAAUCGCAGGGUGGCUGUUGCAAGUUUCAGUGAUCGAUUGGUAACGAUAAAACCGCGUGGAUCCGGUUAACCGGUGGAAAGGAGAAGAACGUUUGCCUCGCCCGCUUACAUGAGUCCGCUCGACGCUCGUUCCAGCUUGAUGAGUCGCGUUCGGACGUCUCGGAUCUGAGGAUCCGAUCGAGGGGCCGCGCCAUUGUUAACUGAUCGAUCUUCGAGCACAAGAGUGAAGAAAAGGAAGAGGCGCGCGCAUGCACACGAUGCUGAACGAUAACGCGUGGAAGCACAGGCGGGUGCCUGUUCCGAAGAGGCAUGAAGAAGCGCAUCCUAUCUACCGUAUAGAAACCAUUUGGAUGUCUAAGCGAUCUAGACAAUCAUGCCGGGAGAAAUGGACGCAUGUCCAGAUAAAAGAAAACAAGAAACGAACGGUAUCGGUCGCGACACGCGGUGUCAACGACACACAAACAUGAGGGAACCGUAAGCUCUUAGGACCAUGGAAUAACUUGGAAUGCGGGAAGGGCCAUCGCGCAUAAUGAGAAUAUCUGGAAAUUCAACUUCUUAACUAUUCCCAUGAGGACGAUCGAGUUAAUUGCGCUGAUCGCCAUUUCCAGCACUCUGUUCCUCUUUUUGCACACCAGAGAGCUGCACUCGCGUUUACGAAAAAUGGAAGUUCGCCUUCAACCUGGAGAAGACGAAAUGCUGUCAGCGAAUCAACUCUCAUCCGAAGGAGUGCAAACUGAUUCUAGUCCAAGUGGAAUCGUCCAUUAUCCAAACAGACAUCGUAUCUUCGCAAUAAAGUACAAAGAAACUGAAGUGUUGGACAUCGAUGCGCUUAACAACACGAAAAGAGCGGAUCGAAGCGUUUUGUUCUUCAAUCGCGUACCAAAAGUGGGUUCUCAGACCUUUAUGGAAUUGUUGAGGAGGUUAUCCCUGAGGAAUGGCUUCUCGUUCAACAGAGAUCGUGUACAAAGAGUCGAAACAAUACGACUUGCGCCUAUUGAACAGCUUCAACUUGCAACGAUGGUUAGCAGUUAUUCAGAACCAUCUGUUUAUAUAAAACACGUGUGUUUUACAAACUUUACAGAGUUCAACCUGCCUCAGCCAAUUUACAUCAACAUAGUCCGGGAUCCUGUUGAGAGAGUGAUAUCCUGGUACUAUUACGUGCGAGCACCUUGGUAUUACGUGGAGAGAAAGCAAAUAUUUCCAGACUUACCACUGCCGGAUCCGAACUGGCUGAAGAAGGACUUCGAGUCCUGUGUACUUAAGGCGGACCGUGAAUGCAGAUACCUCGAGGGUGAGAUUCACGAGGGAAUCGGUGAUCAUCGCAGGCAAACGCUUUUUUUCUGCGGCCACAGCGAGAAAUGCACCCCGUUCAACACGAUGGGUGCCCUGGAACGAGCAAAAAUGGCAGUGGAGAAACAUUACGCAGUGGUUGGUGUACUCGAGGACGUAAAUAGCACUCUCACGGUAUUGGAAAAUUAUAUACCCAGAUUUUUCCGAGGAGCCACUGACGUCUACUAUGACGAGGUGAAUGCGUUUACCAGAAUCAACCGGAAUUUCUUCAAACCACCUGUCAGCGAAGAAGUGAAAGACAUGGUGCGGAGCAAUUUCACCAGAGAAAUCGAAUUUUAUCAGUUUUGCAGGCAACGAUUGUACAAACAGUUGAGAGCGUUGAAAUUGACCAAAACUACACCUUUGUUGGAAAGCAAUAGUUUGUAGAAGUGUGUAUGAAUAAUUCAUCGAAUUUUCUUCUUUUACGAGAGCGUCGAUUAAAAAGAAAGGAAAAACAUGUGUCAUGGACAUUGAAAACGAUAGAUAAUUCGUUGAAUUUUUCAAUUUCAAAAAAAAAAAAAAUGUUAAGAACAUCGACUUGUAUUAAUUAAAAAAUAAUUCGUCGAAUUAUCUUUCUAUGUACAUCGACAUAGGAAGAAUCUCAAAAGUAUUUAAAAGUAUUUAAAAGUGUCAAGAAACUUUGACUUUACUUACUGAAUAGAAAAUAAGAAAGAAAGAAAAAAAAGAGUAGACAAUAAGAGAUUUUAGAUAUCCAUCGAAAAAUCCAUUUUACAUGGAUGGUGAAUGGAAAAAAAAAAGAAUUAGAAAGAUUAAGAAUUUAAGGGAGAAUCAUAGAAGAAGUUUGUCACAAUUCAUUAACUAUAAAAUUAAUUAAAAUCGAUUGAAAUGUGAUGAAUUAACGAAUGUUCCAAUAAGCAAUAUCUUUUGUGAUUUCACAAACGAAUGGAGUGCUUUCAACUCGACAAAUGGGACGCUUCAAUCCGAGUGCCUAUUUUCUUAUUUUGUGAUCUUUUCCCCUGUACAUUGUAAGACGAUGUAAUCGUCGAAUAAAAUCGUCGUUUGAAAUUAUAAUAUAAUACUAAGAGAUGCGUGUGACAUCAAGAAUAUAUUUAUUUAUUAUUGUAAUACGGGAUGUCAUCGGUUGUUUUGCAAAAAAAAAGAAUGCGAUACGUGUUUGUAAACGCGCGACAUCAUGGCGCUAUUCGAUCACUUUCUUUCUUCGAUAAUUGACAGAUGAUAAUUGAAGAACAUUGUAAAGACUGAUCAGAAAGACAGAGAUUGCUUUUUUAUCGAGG